AUGAACUUGCUCCCUUCUCCUUUCGGAAAGAGAACUCAAUGCUUUGUCUCUCAUCAAAACAGUCUUCAAGUUGUUUCCAACAUUGGAGUCAACGAUUUGGUGUAUGUUUGCAAAUCUGAGAGUAGUGAAAUUGCCCUCCAAGCUCCUCGAUGUAUGAAAGUCAUUGUAGAAAGUAAUAAGCAAUGUAAGGUCCAUUUGAAAUUGGGUGCAAUUACCACUGGAUUUGUGGAAAUGAUGAAUUGUGAACAUGUCAAGAUGAUUCUUUCAAAAGAAUGUGCCAAUAAGGUCAAGAUGAUUCAAAUUGAUUCUUUGAAGGACUGUGAGAUUGAAUUUCAUUUAUCAGAGGAUCAAAAUGUAGAUGAUGAUCGUGCCUUUGCUGAAACCUUGACCAAUUUUUGUAAUCAUAUUCAAAUUGUGUCAAAUAUUGGCUGUCAAAAUGUCACACUCACCAUCAAGACAGGAGAACAAGUAUUACUUUCACAAAAUAUUGAAUUUGGAACAGUGCAAGAGGAUUUAUUGGAGCAUAAUCGAAGUGCCAUUCAAUUCAAAUCUCGAUUCGAUUUUUUACACUCCAAAAAGAAGUCUCUAUCAUUGUGCACUGAAAUGGUAUUGAGAGAAGGUGGAGGUUACAUUUCAACCUUAAAAGAGAAACAAUUCAAAGACAUAAUUCAACAAGAAUUCGACAAGAGAAUGGAAAAGUUUCUUCAUGAGCAAUUAAUGCAAGAUGAAUCGACACGAAAAAAGAAGGAAGAAGCCAAUAAGAAAGCACGCGAUGUUUCACAAAAGUUGAAACAAAAAGCAAGUCAAACUUCUUCAAGUAGCAGCAGUUUUUUGGAUCAAAUUCAACACUUUAAUAAGGAUGCUCAAUUGAAACCUUCCGAAACUGUGGAGAAGACUCUCAAAGACGUGGUCGGCAAUCAACCCAUUGAUUUUGGUCGAGGUAGUCACACACAGGAACAACCUUGCAAUAACAUUGGUGCCAUCACUGGACUUCAGGAUGAUGUGACUGAAUACUUUGAUGAUGAAGACACUAUUCGAGAGAAUGCAAGACAAGUGGCAGCUCUCAUUCGCAACUCCAAACAUUGUGUGGUUUACACAGGGGCUGGAAUUUCCACAUCGGCUCGAAUUCCAGAUUAUCGUGGACCAAAGGGAGUUUGGACCUUAAAAAGUGCUGGAAAAGGUAAUGAAAUUGCAACACUCGACAUUGAGCAAGCAUUGCCAACAUUCGCACACUAUGCAUUGACACAUUUAGUGAAGAAGAAUUUGGUAAAAUUUGUCGUUUCGACCAAUGUGGAUGGACUUCAUCGAAGAAGUGGUUUGAGUGCUUCAGAAAUGAGCGAACUCCAUGGAAAUUGUUAUCGAGAAGUUUGUUCCGAUUGUGGAAAGGAAUACUUGAGAGGGUUCGAUGUCAUGAAAAGUGUGAAAUUUUAUCAAACACACAAGACAGGACGUUUUUGUGAUGCAUGUGGAGGAAGUUUGAAAGACACGAUUAUUCACUUUGGUGAAUCACUUCCAACCGGUGAAUUGGAAUCUGCUUUAAAACAUUCACAAGAAUGUGACUUUUCUCUCGUGUUGGGUACUUCCAUGAUGGUCCAACCUGCCUGUCGAUUGCCACUCAUGGCGUUGGACAAUCAAGGUGGCAUGAUGUGUAUUGUGAAUUUGCAGAAAACAAAAUUUGACCACUGUCCAAAGUGA